AUGUUCCAGGAGCUAUCUGUGGCACCAUCCAAGAAGAACAAGAAAGCUUUCACUGAACAGACAGGACUUCCUUAUAGUCCUUACCCAGCCAGCUCACCCAGAAGAACUCUCUCUUCGCAAGGAUCAUUUGAAACCCCUUGCACUCCUACUCUUGCUGGAUUAUCUUCCUUUAUUCCUCGCACCAUUGUUUCCCAUAUCGGACCAACUGCACCAGCACCCGUAGAAGACAGAGACAAAGAAAUCCCUGAUGCUCCGUCAGUAGCACCACCUAGAUUCCCAUCCCCUGAACCAGAACCUUCCAACUCAGACCCAGGCUCAGACCCUGACUCUGAUUCCGACUCAGAAGACAACAUGCUGAUGCCCAUUGAAAGAAAGAUUUGUCAACCACCUGACUUUGAUGAUGUGAAUGAUGAAAUCUACAACGAUGAUAAAAAGAAGAUCGCCUUUGCUCUUUCAUUCAUGAAAGAAGGCACUGCAGCAGCAUGGAUGGAAGACUUUCUUGACCAUGCCCAAAUGAUAAGUCCUGUCACUCACCUAAAGAACGGAUAUGGUGACUGGAAUCAAUUGUCUCCCAAUUUGAAGAAGCUUUCAACCCUAUCAACUCCACUGGUACUGCGCUUCAUAAGCUCCAUGCCCUUAAACAAGGCAAUGACUUAA